GGCUUUUGGGCAAGAAGCCCUAAUUUGAAAGAUUCCUAGGGCGCGCGAUGUCAGCAGUGGGCGGAGCGGCGGCAGCGCCUCAAUCUCCCUCCCCUGCGCCUUCCAAAGUGAAGGUCCAAUUCGUUUCCACGGGAGGUGCGCCAGUGCUGAUCCAGUCGGAAUUCAAGAUUGACGCGACGGAGAAAUUCGCGAAAGUUCUCAAGUUUCUGCGGAGGCAAGUUCAACAGGACAAUGUGUUUCCAUUCAUCAAUCAAGCAUUUAUUCCCAGCCAAGACGAGCCCGUGGGAGAUCUCUAUAAGAACUUUGGCGUGCACGGGAAGCUCAUCGUAAACUACGCUCCCACUCUGGCGUGGGGCUAAUCGAGCUCGCUACCAGCUAGCGAUAAAGCUCGCUUUUUUUUACUCUAUCUCUCCCUGUCCAUCGGGCGAAAUUUCUAAUGGUGGGCCAGAUAAAAUUAUUUGACUCCAAGGUCAAUUCCAGAGAAUCUACUACACUGUUCCCUUAUC